UUUCCUCACCGGCUUUCCAUCCUGACAUGACCCAAUAGGCGUACGGCCGGCCCUCCCGAAGCACCCAGACAGCUUCGUGCUCGUGCAGUGCCCGUCGGCGUCGCGCAUUACUUCGUCGCCCCCUCCUCGCUCGCAGAGCGCCAGAGAACCAGCGCCAGCGUGAGCCAAAGAUUCGAUCACCAAUUCGGAUGCUCGCCUCCGAAUCCGAAUCAAAUCGCGCUCCUUCUGCUCCGCAUAUCGUCGGGUGCUCGUCUCGAGCCUGAUCUUUAUUACCCGCUGCGCGCGCAGGGGGAGGUGGGAUUCCUUCGUUCUUGGGAGGGAGCCCGGCUUUGCAUUGCUUGGAUCCGUCGGAGCGGUUGUUGAUUCGGGUUGAGGCUCGCAGAUGAUGGGGGCGGAGAAGGCGGGGCUGGGAUCCGAGGCUGAGGGGGAGGAGCUGGCGGCGGCGCCGGGUGCGGGCUCGCCGGUGCCCGCGAGGAAGAUGCAGUCGCUGGACUUCGAGCACAUCGGCUCGCUCGUGGCGGUGGCGAAGUCGCUCUCGCCCGGGAGCAAGUGGCGGAGGGCGCUCACCAGCGUGCGCGUCGUCAUCUUCCAGGCCAAGAUCAACGUGCUCCUCCCCUUCGGCCCGCUCGCCGUCAUCCUCCACUACCUCACCGGCAAGCACCAAGGAUGGGUUUUCCUUUUCAGCUUAAUCGGCAUAACACCGCUGGCCGAGAGAUUGGGAUAUGCAACCGAGCAACUUGCUUGCUACACUGGCCCAACAAUUGGGGGCCUCCUGAAUGCUACAUUUGGAAAUGCAACCGAAAUGAUUAUCUCGAUAUAUGCACUGAAAAACGGGAUGAUUCGUGUCGUCCAGCAGUCACUACUAGGCUCAAUAUUGUCAAAUAUGCUGCUGGUUCUUGGGUGUGCUUUCUUUGCUGGCGGUCUUGUCCAUUCUGAUAGGGACCAGGUCUUCAAUAAGGCAUCAGCUGUUGUAAACUCAGGACUGUUAUUGAUGGCUGUCUUAGGUCUAAUGUUCCCAGCAGUGCUUCACUUCACACAUUCAGAAGUGCAGUAUGGAAAAUCUGAAGUAGCUCUUUCAAGGUUUAGUAGCUGCAUCAUGCUUGUGGCCUAUGCUAGCUAUCUAUUUUUUCAACUAAAGAGCCAACGCAGUGUGUACAGCCCAAUUGGUGAAGAAGAAGAGGCCACUGAGGAUGAGGAGGAUGAAAAGGAGAUAACACAAUGCGAAGCCAUCUGCUGGCUUUCUGUACUGACUAUUUGGAUUUCAGUACUCUCUGGGUACCUAGUAGAUGCAAUACAGGGCGCAUCUGAAUCAUUAAACAUGCCAGUGGCCUUUAUUAGUGUUAUUCUGCUUCCUAUCGUGGGGAACGCUGCUGAACAUGCAAGUGCCAUUAUGUUUGCCAUGAAAAACAAAUUGGACAUUACUUUGGGAGUUGCGAUAGGGUCAUCAACACAAAUCUCCAUGUUUGUGAUUCCAUUCUGUGUGGUAAUUGGCUGGAUUAUGGGGCAACAAAUGGACUUGAAUUUCCAAUUGUUCGAGACAGCGACUCUCUUUAUUACUGUACUGGUGGUGGCAUUUAUGCUACAGGAAGGCACGUCAAACUAUUUCAAAGGCCUUAUGCUUAUCCUAUGCUACCUCAUAGUUGCUGCAAGCUUCUUUGUGCAUGUUGACCCCAACGCAAGUGACAACUAAGUGACAAGUCUACAGCAACAUACCUGUGAAUUGAAUGGGGAAGGCCACGACUUAACUGCAGAAUUAGCAAACAGCAUUGCUUGCAAUAGAGCACCUACCAGAGUCCUGAAUUUGGAAGCAACUUGUGGGCAGAAUCCCACGUCGAGGAUUGAAUUUCCGGCUCAGAAUUGCAAGGAGCUGAUGCAGCUUUUUAAGGACAGCAACAACAUCGCCCUUUGAGAAACUGUAACUUCAUGUGAUAGUUACGAAAAUUACCAGUGUAUUUGUUGAAGCUACAUGUGUCACAAUUUUAUUGUUGUUGUAAAAUACUACUAUUAAAUUGAACCUGGUGGAAGGAAAAUGGGACGAGCGCAAUAUCAUGUGAUACCUUUUGAAAACGCGUUUUCUGUGGAGUGGUUAUAUACUUUCUUUUGGGUGACA